AAAUAAAAUUGCUCAGAAAAAUCAUCAUCACAGGUGUGUGGUUUUAUCAAAAUGGGUUUGGUCAAAAUAUUAUAAAUUUUAGUUUAUCUAUCAAAUUAACUUUAAAAACAUGUGAUAACGUAAUUUACCUUUAUUGUAACAUAUUCUACGCGCGGGAUCCACUAUUUUGUGCAUUUACAGUUAUACGCGUAACACGUAUUUUGUGCAUCAAGUUUAGCAUUGAAUUAGGCCACAUAGCGAUCUCUCCCUAAAAUACCGCUGUUCAGCCUGUCGACGUAUCAAGCUAGCAGUAAAUAUAGGCGGGAGAGUGAUGUUCAGUAAGGCCGCGACCUGGUAAUGUGAUGUCAUCAAAAGGGGAAACAGAGGCCGAUUCUGGCACCGUGUCGCCGAAUUUACCUACGGCUGUAAAAAAUGAACCGAUAGCUACAGUUAGUGGGAAGGAGACCCCAAAAAGGGGUGGUACAUUAUUAAAAUGCACCACAUGUAACAGUUUCAGUACUUUAAGUAGUCGAGCCUUAACCACGCACAUGGCGCAGUGUUCGCCCGACAACAACAAUGUGGCUGCGGCGCAGACCGCAGACGCGCGCCCUCAUAGGAAACUAUUCGAAUGUGACGUGUGCAACAUGAAAUUUUCAAAUGGUGCGAAUAUGCGUCGCCACAAAAUGCGUCACACCGGCGUCAAACCGUACGAAUGCCGCGUUUGCCAGAAAAGAUUUUUCAGAAAGGAUCACCUGGCUGAACACUUUACGACGCACACGAAAAGCUUGCCUUACCAUUGUCCCAUAUGCAACAGAGGGUUCCAGCGUCAGAUCGCGAUGCGCGCGCAUUUCCAAAACGAACAUGUCGGACAGCACGACCUUGUCAAAACUUGCCCACUUUGUAGCUAUCGCGCCCCCACCAUGAAAAGUUUGAGAGUUCAUUUCUUCAAUAGACACGGUAUAGACUUGGACAACCCCGGUCCCGGCAACAACUCUGUUUCCCUUCUCGCCGCGGGGAUAGCCAGCGCCGCGUAUGCGGACGGCACAAUGGAUCCGGUAGCAAUAAACGCGCUGGGCGCUUUAGGCUCCGGUCUGUCAGUGUCCGUCGCCGCCGCUUACUCUGAUAGUGGCGAUAGCAACGGAGCACGAUCCGUGGACAAUGCCACUCCACCGAUGCACUACUUAACGCCUCACGUCGAGAUCUCUAUGGCUGACAACAACGAGACCUUUUCUCCCGGUCAGACUAAUCAUUCGGAUUCUCGAAUGAAUGGCGAGGGACCGAGCUCCCCACAGUCAGGUGACAGCGCCAUCGCAAGCAGCUCCUUAUCAGCUGGACUUCCCACCAACAUCACGCCUUCAAUAACUCUAAUACCCAUUAAACAGGAACUAAACGCGCAAGAUGACCCGGGCACCGGCGACACGCGCGACGGGGAAUCGAACGGCGACAAGCGUGGCGUGUCCUCGUCUCUGAUCAAGGUAUCGCCGCUCAAGAGCUUGCUCCGUGAAGACCUGCGCAGACGCAUAUCGGCACGCGGUCGCGCCCGUGGCUCUAAUGCGUCCAGAGCUUCACCGUCAGAGGGCGGCGUGAUCACUUCAACUCACGGCGACACUGCGUUGCUGCCAUCUUCGCUCGUAUGUACAUUUUGCUCCAUAACAUUCCCCGAUUCCACACUUUACUUCUUACACAAGGGCUGCCACUGUGACUCCAACCCCUGGAAGUGCAAUAUCUGCGGUGAGCAGUGCUGCAAUGUCUACGAGUUCAACUCACAUCUGCUCAGCAAAAGCCACCAAUGACUGUUUGCUGGGGGGCCGUUCGACAAUCACUGACUUUGUGUUUGAUAAUGCACUUCGUAUAAUAAUGUGUGCAUAGUCCGCAAGCACUUCAAAUGUUCUUCACCCUUCCCACUUUUCCCUGUUUCAAUACAUAAUGUUUAUGUAGAGAUGUUUAUUUAAUUUUAUUAUCUUCGUCUGUGAAAGGCAUUGUUGGGUUGAAGUGCUUCGAGUAUGCUCUACACUGAACGUCCCCCCGAAGCUAUUUAAUUUUUUGAAAGUGCAAAUUACGUCAAGGUAUAUUUAGUGGUAAUUCUUUAUAGUUAAAUGAGCGAAGAUAUUUAUACGGAUAUUUUAGUACUUAAAUGAAUGAUGAUGAUAAUUUUAACAUUGUUAUUUAAAAUUGGCAUUUAUGCUCCUCGAUUCGAAUCACUAGUAUGGAAUUGGUGCAUAAACAUAGGUCAUUGUUGAUUGGAUUGUUAUUAUGUUUACAAGUUAUCACGGAGGAGCGAUUUUUUUUUCAAUUGUAGCAAGUGUUGAAUACUCACUUGUUGAAACGAAACAUUCCAAAUUGAGACGUAUGCAUUCCACAUAAAUGUGAGAUUGGGGUGGCUUUAUUCCUUUGGAGGGGAAAAUGACUGUACUGUGAAUUACACUUAAAAAUUAUAUUUUGUUUUAUUUUUCUUUUUACAGUACUUAACUGUAUAUUUCACCGUAAUUUAAAACUAAAUUUUAGAGUAUUUUU